GAGAAUAAUAAUAAAAGAAAAAGAAAAAACUCCAUAUAAUCAAGAAGAAAAAUUAAAGAGUACUAGAGUUUGAAUAUGAAGAUCAAUACAAUACUAUUAUUAUUCUUAAUUCUCUUAUUAAUUUUUUCUUUCCAUUGUGUGAACUCCUCAUCAUCAUUAUCGUCAUCGAGUAAUUACGUCGUUAUAUUUGACGCUAGUAGCUCAGGCAGCCGUGUCCACGUUUACAAUUUCGAUUCCAACCUCGACCUUCUCCCCUUUGGAAGGGAACUAGAGAUUUUUGUACAAAAAAAGCCAGGACUAAGUUCAUAUGCUAGUAAUGUGAGUGCAGCAGCAGAAUCUUUAAUGGAUCUUCUUCAAAUAGCUAAAGAUGGAGUUCCUCAACAUCUUCAUUCCUCCACACCUGUUAGGGUUGGGGGCAACUGCUGGUUUGAGGUCAUUAUCUGGGAAUACUUCAGAAGAAAUUUUGGAAGCAGUAAGGAAUUUUUCUGAUCCUUGUUCUUGUUUGUAAUUGUAUAAUAUAUUAUUAAAAAAUCAAUUUAUAAUAAUUGAAGAGUUUGAUGUUAUUUUUAUUUGUUAUAUAAUUUUAUUAGGUUAGAAAUCUUAUCAAAGAAAAGAGUGACUUUAAACUUGGAGAUGAUGAUGCAGUUGCUGUUCUUGAUGGGAUUCAAGAAGGAUCCUUUUUGUGGGUAUGAAUUAAUUAUGAUGAAAUAUUUACUAAAUUAAUUAGUUUUUGUGUUAUCUUAUUUGCAUUUAUUUGACACAAUUAUUGGGGGUCCCUUUUCAAUUCAAUUUAUUUGUUUUUUUUAUAAUAACUUAGAAGUCAUUAUCAUAAAAUAAAGAUUCCAUUUUUUUAUGUAUUAUUUUACUUUCUAAAUUUUGUAGCUGGUUAGAAAUGAUCUCCAAAAUAUUGAAGUAUUGCAGGGUCAUUUCUAGGGCAAAUUUUAAAAAAUAAGCAUUUUAUUUAAGAAAUAAAAUAAAAUUCAAAUAAGUUUUCAAAUCGUUUUUCUAGCAAAAGAAAUUUAUUGAGAGUCUUAUGGCCCUAAUGCAGUAUUAUAAAGUAUUAUUAACAAAUUAGAAUAAUGAUGUAGAUAUUAAUACUAUUAACACAUUAACACCACGUGUAA